AUGCCGCUGGAUACGACGGAAUACCUUACGAGUCGAGGAUGGAAGGGGAAGGGAACGGCGUUGAAGCAGGGUCAUCUGAGUCGACCGAUUGCUGUUGUACAGAAGAAGACCAUGUCAGGGGUUGGCAAGGAUCGGGAUGAAGCUGUACCGUUUUGGGACAACAUCUUCGCCUCUGCAGCUCAAAGUAUCGCCUCCGGUACAUCAACACCAUUAGGCUCAGGCGCCUCCACCCCGAUUGCGACUCAGUCAGGAGGACCGAGCAGCAUGAGCGUGAUGGCGCGUUCAAAGAAGGAAUUCGCUCGCCUCAAGCUAUACGCCAGCUUUGUUCGGGGGGAAGUCAUCGAGUUUAAACCGUCGGAUCCUCAAUCAUCGGUAUCAGCGGCAAGUCUUGGGAGUGGAGUAGCUUCGCCCAAAGGUUCAGCCACUCCGAUGCACCAACACAAGAUCAUGAAAUCACAGCUGUGGAAUGUUCAGCCGGUACCUUCUGCCUCGACGUCCACAACCCCUUCUCCUGUACCAGCACCAACGACAAUGUCAUCGAAAUCUGACCGGAAGGCAGAAAAAGCUCUGGAGAAGGCGGCUAAACGCGCCAGGAGGGCAGAGAAGGAGACAAGACGAGCGGAGAAGGAAGCGAAACGAGCUGAAAAGGAGAAGAGACGGGCGGAGAAGAUGGAAGCUGGAGCAGUCGGUACGAACGGUAUCGAGGAAGGUCCCGAUGGUGUCAAGGAGAAAAAGCGGAAGCGGUCUGCCGCAGGAGAGGAUGCCGUCGAUACGAAGGAGGUCAAGAAGAAGCGUAGAAAGGAAAAGAUAGAGGCUCUUGAAGGCGAUGAGCAGCAGACCGGGCAUGCGCUAUGA